GUGAGCGUAAAAGAGACAUACACCAAAGUUUGUCACUGUGAAUGAUACAUAACAUGGAAAAUAGCAUUUUGUACUGACUGACAGAAUUGUCAACUGCACCAAAAAUCGGUCGUCAGGUGUCAAACCAAUACAGUUGUUUUUGUCUGUCAUGGGUAUCAUGCUGCUGAAUUAAUAUUUUUGUAAUUUACACGCAGUGUUUCAUAAAAACAAGAUAUAUACUGAUACUAUUCAAAAUGAAAGUAAUCGUCAAAAAGUUGCAAGGUGGUGAAUGUUGCCUGGACGUGUUUCCUACUACACAUAUAUACGAAAUCAAACGACAAGUUGCUGAACAAUUAAAUAUACCAGUAGAAGAACAGAAAUUGCUGCUACUAGGCAGGACACUAGUGGACGAACAAACUGUAGAAUCAUACCCUACUAUUAAAGAUGGUACUAAAUUGAACUUAGUUGUUAAGAAGCCUGAUACUCUUCAAGAAGCUUCCGCGAAGUAUUUCAAGAAAAUGUACGGCAUGACAGAUGCUGAAGCUAAAGCUGCAGGUAACCGCCUCGUGAAACUUGUGCAAGAGAAAUUCAGUAAAUUGUCAUGGGAUGAUGUUGAUAGGCUAUCAUUGGACUGCAUGCUGGACGAAAACGGUCAAAGUCGAAGUCCUCCCAUGGAGAUUGAGCCUGAGUGUGAUGAUGUAUACAGUUUAUAAAUAAAUGUGGACGUUAAUAAAAUGGUUUUUAAUAAUUCAUUUGUAUUUUACAAUUGUAGAUUAAUGUUGGUGAAAGUUGUUGUUAACACAGCUAAAUAGAUUCAGCAAAACACUUAAUUGUAAGAUGUCUAUAUUUGUAGAAUUGCUCUGUGUAUAUUGUGUAAGUCUUAGUUUUAAAAUUGGACAUUUUCACACACUCCAGUGUUGCCACAUUCAUAGUUUAUUUAGGUAUUAUCAUUUUUUUUUGUGAUACCUACAAUCUUGUGUACUUUAACUAUAUUCUCAAUAUUCUAUCUAUCCAUUGGUUUCCUUACUUGACAAGAAUUUUAACAUUAGCCCAAUAUAGUCACUGUCAAAUUCCUAUUGCUAGUAAUCAAAACAAGCCACAGAUAGAAUAUUGGGAAUGGAAUACGCAGAAUAGAUGUGGUAAAGGACAUUUCACAGUUAGUGUGCUCUCCAGUGAUAGCAACUACUUAUAUGAGUUACAUGUAUUUAUGCUGCUCAAGAGGGUAAAGACAAGUCUUUUCUUCUGAGAUGGUUAGCUCGAUAAUCUACUGCUUGAAUCUUUUAUCAUGAGCUAAAAUGAUUCAAUGUUGCAUUAAUUAAUUUGUCAAAUUCCUGUAUUAAUAAACUUUUGUAUAACAAAUCAAAUGAAACUUGUGAUAAUAAACAGCUCAUUAAAACCAUUUCAAUAAUUUACUUUUAAAAAUAAUGUUACUCUAAUAUUUUGGUGGGUUACUGUUUUUAUAUUAGGACUUGCUAAAUUGGCUACCUGUAAAUUGUACAAAAAGGCAUGAAUAAAACAUCAGUAUAAUUUU